AUGAAGGAGUGUCCUACACAUCGGUUACGGGUCCCACGUUUGUUGUCAUUGACUUGUCAAAGAUGCGAGCAGUCAACGUUGACUUGGCGGAUAAUUCCGUUUGGGUUGAGGCGGGGGGCCACAAUCGGUGAGGUUUAUUAUCGGGUGGCGGAGAAGAGCAAAACGGUUGGGAUUCCGGGGAGUAUUUGCACGAGUUUGGGGGUGGGUGGACUUGUGUCGGGAGGCGGGUACGGGUCGUUGAUGAGGAAAUACGGGCUUUUGGGGGAUAACGUGAUAGACGCGAGAAUUGUUAAUGCAAAUGGGAAGAUUUUAGACCGAAAAUCGAUGGGGGAGGAUGUUUUUUGGGCGAUACGCGGUGGUGGCGGGGGUAGUUUCGGAAUUAUUGUUUCGUGGAAACUGAAACUUGUAUCUGUGCCUGCCACUGUCACUGUUUUCAAUGUUCCAAGAACAUUGGAACAAGGCGCUACCAAGAUUCUUUAUAAAUGGCAACAAGUGGCACCAAAUUUCGAUGAGGAUCUUUUUGUGAGAGCCUUUAUUAGUCGUACAAGUGAUAAAACACUAAGUACAACUUAUCAAGCGUUGUUUCUCGGUAGGGGAGACAGACUGUUGGAGAUUAUGAACGCGGGUUUUCCAGAAUUAGGAGUAAAAAAGGAGGAUUUUAUCGAAAUGAGUUGGAUUGAGUCGGUUAUGUUUAUCGGGGCAUACCCUUUAAACACCCCGCCAUCUGUCCUACUUGAUGGAAAACCGAGGUCUUUGAAUUAUUUCAAAGCAAAAUCGGAUUUUGUGAAGGAAGAGAUACCGGAAUCGGGGUUAGAAGGAUUAUGGAAAAUAAUGUUGGAAGAAGGAAGUCCUUUUAUCAUUUGGAACCCGUACGGCGGAAUCAUGAGCAAGAUUUCGGAAUCGUCUAUUCCGUUUCCGCAUAGGAACGGAAUACUUUUUAAGAUUCAGUACUAUAGCUCGUGGAUGGAUUCUGGAAUGGAGGACAAGUAUGUAAGUAUGAAUCGGAAGGUUUAUGAGUAUAUGACAAAGUAUGUUUCAAAGUCCCCAAGAGAAGCUUAUGUGAAUUAUAGAGAUCUUGAUCUUGGAAUAAAUGGAAAAAGUAAUGUUAAUUGGGGAAUUAACUACUUCAAAGAUAACUUUUCUAAGUUGAGGAAAAUUAAGACCAAGUUUGACCCUUCAAACUUCUUCCGUCACGAACAGAGCAUCCCUGUUCUUAAGUGA